CGCGGGCGGUAGGCAACUGCUGAGGCGGCGGCGGCGGCGGCGGCGGCGGCGUGGGCUGGGCUCGAGCGGGCGGCGGCACCUCAGACUCCCGGCGCGGGAGCCCACGCGGGCGGGCGCCUGAAACAAAGAGAAGCGAGAGUCAGGGCGCCGCGGGUGCGCGGUCAGUCGGUCAGCGCAGAGCCGGCCAGCGGGUGCCCGCGGAAGCCCGGAGCCCGGCCGGCCGGCGCAGCCUCAGGGCGGGAAGAUGCCGCGCGUCGUGCCCGACCAGAGAAGCAAGUUCGAGAACGAAGAGUUCUUCAGGAAGCUGAGCCGCGAAUGUGAGAUUAAGUACACGGGCUUCAGGGACCGGCCCCACGAGGAGCGCCAGGCGCGCUUCCAGAACGCCUGCCGUGACGGCCGCUCGGAAAUCGCUUUUGUGGCCACAGGAACCAAUCUGUCUCUCCAGUUUUUUCCGGCCAGCUGGCAGGGAGAACAGCGACAAACACCUAGCCGAGAGUAUGUCGACUUAGAAAGAGAAGCAGGCAAGGUAUAUUUGAAGGCUCCCAUGAUUCUGAAUGGAGUCUGUGUUAUCUGGAAAGGUUGGAUUGAUCUCCAGAGACUGGAUGGUAUGGGCUGCCUGGAGUUUGAUGAGGAGCGAGCCCAGCUGCACAUGGUUUGGGUCAUGCUGCUCUGCCUUCUGUGCUACCUCGUGCUGUUCCUCUGCCGACAUUCCUCCCAUCGUGGCGUCUUCCUCUCCGUCACCAUCCUCAUCUACCUACUCAUGGGUGAGAUGCACAUGGUGGACACUGUGACGUGGCACAAGAUGCGAGGGGCCCAGAUGAUUGUGGCCAUGAAGGCAGUGUCUCUGGGCUUCGAUCUGGACCGGGGCGAGGUGGGUGUGGUGCCCUCGCCCGUGGAGUUCAUGGGCUACCUCUACUUUGUGGGCACCAUCGUCUUUGGGCCCUGGAUAUCCUUCCACAGCUACCUACAGGCUGUCCAAGGACUCCCGCUGAGCCGCCAGUGGCUGCAGAAGGUGGCCCAGAGCCUGGUGCUGGCCCUGCUGUGCCUUGUGCUGUCCACCUGUGUGGGCCCCUACCUCUUCCCCUACUUCAUUCCCCUUGAUGGUGACCACCUCCUUCACAAGUGGCUGCGAGCCUACGAGAGUGCUGUCUCCUUCCACUUCAGCAACUAUUUUGUGGGCUUUCUAUCUGAGGCCACAGCCACAUUGGCGGGGGCUGGCUUCACCGAGGAGAAGGGUCACCUGGAAUGGGACCUGACGGUCUCUAAGCCACUGAAUGUGGAGCUGCCCCGGUCCAUGGUGGAAGUUGUCACAAGCUGGAACCUGCCCAUGUCUUGUUGGCUAAAUAACUAUGUUUUCAAGAAUGCUCUCCACCUCGGGACCUUUUCAGCCGUGCUGGUCACCUAUGCAACCAGCGCCCUCCUGCACGGCUUUAGCUUCCACCUGGCUGCGGUGCUGCUGUCCCUGGCAUUUAUCACUUAUGUGGAGCACAUCCUCCGAAAGCGCCUGGCUCGGAUCCUCAGUGCCUGUGUCUUGUCGAAAAGGUGCCCACCAGACUGUUCACACCAGCAUCGUUUGGGCUUGGGGGUGCGAGCCUUAAAUCUGCUCUUUGGGGCCCUGGCCAUCUUCCACCUGGCCUACCUGGGCUCCCUGUUUGACGUUGAUGUGGACGAUACCACAGAGGAGCAGGGCUACAGCAUGGCAUACACUGUCCACAAGUGGUCAGAGCUCAGCUGGGCCAGUCACUGGGUCACUUUUGGAUGCUGGAUCUUCUACCAUCUCAUAGGCUGAGGCACGUCUGUGGACCCUCACAGCUCCCUCAAGAACCCUCCCCUGGGUGCCAACUCUGAUGGGGGGAUGAGGGAAGGCCCUUUCUCUAAUUUUUUUUUUUUUCCUGCGGUACGCGGGCCUCUCACUGUUGUGGCCUCUCCCGUUGCGGAGCACAGGCUCCGGACGCGCAGGCUCAGCGGCCAUGGCUCACGGGCCCAGCCGCUCCGCAGCAUGUGGGAUCUUCCCGGACCAGGGCACGAACCUGUGUCCCCUGCAUCGGUAGGCGGACUUUCAACCAGUGCGCCACCAGGGAAGCCCUAAUUUUUGACCCUCUUUUUUGACCCUCUCUCCAUUCUUGACCCCCCCGCCCAGUACACACACACACACACACACACACACACACACACACACACACACACACACACACACACACACACACACACACACACACACACACACACACACACACACACACACACACACACACUUCCAUCCAUGGUCCUCCCCGCCUUCCUUGUCUCUUUUUAUAUACAGUUUGUUGUUAUCAAAUACAGUUAGGAAGUACUUUUUAAAAAGAGUAAGUAUAGAAAGUCUCAUGUUCUCAUAAUAUUGAUGAAUUCUGAAGAGAUUGAGACCCAAAUAUUGGUCCUGGUUUGGGGAAGGUUUUUCCUUCAGUGGUUCUAAAUUGCACUGGAUUACCACUAUGUGCUUAGUGGGGCACUUCAAAGUGUAGUAGAUGGUUCUGUUUAAUAUUUGUUCUGGAUCCAUAGCACAUUAUGGGGGGGACACCCAGUUUAAAAUAAAAUGUAGGAGCAGCACUUUUGAAAUGGCUGAGUGAGGAGCUUGGCAGAUUCUCUCUCCAAAAAGCAGUGAUUAAACUUAACAAAAUUGUAAACAAACAAACAAAAACCCAUUUAAGGUCUCUGGAAAUUAACCACAGGACAUAUAUUGAGAGGCAUUUAUUCAAACAAAGCUAGUGAAUUUCAGUAAGAACAGUGAGAGUCUGGCAUUUUUGUCGGGAGCUGCUCCCAUCUCCCUUAGCUCUGUGGUUCCUCAAGUUCUACCCUGAGCAGGUUAGAGCCAUGAGGACUGGCAGCUCUGCUGUCCUCUCAGAGGGAGCUGACUUUAUUUAGAGUAGCACUUGGAAAAAUACAUAUCCAGGGCUGUUAUUGAAAACAAUAGCAGUCUCUGUGGCAAACAAUUGGAGAAAACUAAUGUUUCAGGAAGCAACAAAAUGGCAGACUAGCCAGAAAUUUAUCAGGGAAAUCUAGGGAAAGAGAUAGCUAAAGUAAGCCUUAUUGAGAUCACACUUAACCUCUCAUGGUCCAAAAGGCUAUGUACAUGUGCAAGGCUACACCUGUUCAAGAGAGGACAGAGAGAGCCCUUGAAAGCUGCUAGUCCCUGGCUGAAUACAGGGUAGACUGAUAAACUCCCUGCACUUUGAAAGUAAGCCACACACAGAUCCCAUGGCAAAGGAUUAGAAGCCUUCUGACUCAAGGUGUUUAAGCAAAACCUCUGACCAAUCACUGGCUGACCACUAGGUUAUGCUGACCCAGGGGCAACCCCCUAGAAAGCAAGGCUUAAAAAGAAAAAAAAUUAAGCAGUGACAUCAGAGGCUGCACACUGCUGGGGAAACAGACUCCACACAGCUAGGCAAGUCACUAAGUAGACAAACAGAAAACAGUAACAACAGGCUGGAGGCAGGGGUCAGAAUUCAGAGUUGCUACAGUAUAUUAUCUAAAAUAUCCAGUUUUUAACAGGAAAUUAUAAGACAUGCAAAUAAGUACAAAAGUGUGACUGAUACUCAGGGGAAAAAGCAGGCAGUAGAUACCCUGCCUCAAAUGAUGGUUCUUAGUGACAAAAGAGUUAAAAGCAAUUCUUUUUCAGUGUGUUCAAAGAGCUAAAGGAAAAUUUCUUCCUUUAAAGAAUUGAAGGACAAUUAUGACAGUGACUCAUGAAAGACAGAAUAUUAAUAAAGAGAUCUAAAUUUUUAAAAAGAAUCAAGUAGAAAUUCUAGAAUUGAAAAGUAACAAUAACUGAAAUGAAAAAUUCACAGACUCAACAGAUUUAAGCUGGCAGAAGAAUUAGUGAACUUGAACAUAGAUUAAUAGAGAUUAUCCAGUCUCAAGAACAGAAAGAAGAAAGAACAAAGAAAAAUGAACAGUAUCAGAGAUUGUAGGACACCAGCACACAGACCAACAUAUACGUAAUGAAAGUCCCAGGCGAUAAGGAGAGAAAGAAAGGGGCAGAAAAUAUGUUUUAAGAAAUAAUGGCCGAAAACUUCUAAAUUUGAUGAAAAAUAUUCAUGUCCAUGUCCAAGAAGUUUAAUGAACUCCAAGUAGGGUAAGCAGAAAGAAAUCCACAACUAGGUACAUCAUAGCCAAACUGUUGAAAAACAAAGAGAAUCUUAAAAGCAGCAAGAAAUAGGCCUCAUUACACACAAGGGAGCCACAAUAAGAUUAAGAGUUGACUUGUCUUUUGAAAUUAUGGAGGCCAGAAGAUAGUGUGAUGACAUAUUCAAAAUGCUGAAAGAACAUGUCAGAGUAUCUGAUUAUUAGCGGGUGUUAAUUUUUUCAGUUGUUUAAUAUUAAUCCUCUUAAUAAAGUUAAAAUAAUGGGAAGAAUAAAAAGGAGCUCUCUUUUUGUUAUUUCUGUUAUUCCCAUUUUGCUCACCAUAUAUAGAAAUGUAGGAAUUUUCUUCUUAAGAGAUCAAAAAAUUAAACCUUCCUAGUAAAAAAUUCAGGUUCAAAGUUAAAAUUCUUAAGAAAGAAUCUCUGCUACCUUGAUUUCCACAGGGAUAAGGAAUACCUAAUUCCUUCAGAAAAAUAGUAAAUAAUUGGCAGUUUAGAAGGCUGUUUCUGUAAGAAGUGAUACAGCAGAUUGAAUUUAUGUAAGGGUGAAUUUCAGAUUGAGUUGACUUCUAAAACUGAAAUAUUUUAUUAAAGUGAUAGGUAAAAAUUUAAAGUUUAGCCCACAGUAUUUUCCAUACUGAAAAUUUCUCUGCUUUGUUGCCCUGGUCCACAAAUAGGGCUUUAUCACUAUAAAGUAAGUACCAUCUGUUGUCAUAGUAAACUAAUAUAAUAAUAGGUCUUACAUAAUAUAAAAAUUUUAAAGCAGGGGAUACCAACCAUUCAGUCAACAGUCAGCACUUCUCUGGAGCUUUCCCCAUCCCCCAGUCUUCUGGAAGAUAGUAUAUGUAAAGAGGCAAUGAAGUAUAGAAGUUAGGAGUAGGCGCUUCAUGGUCAUGUAAUUGUGAUUCCUGGCCCCACCACUUACCAGCUAUUGUGGACGGCAUGUUUGUGUUCCCCCAAAAUUCAUAUUUUGAACCCCCAACUUCCAAUAUGACUGUAUUUGGAGAUAGGACCUUUAUGGGGUCUGUUAAGGUUAAAUGAGUCCUAAGAGUAGGGCCCUGAUAUGAUAGGAUUAGUGUCCUGAUAAGACAUGCACAAGGGAGCUAAGCUUGCUCAAUCUCUCUCUCUGCCAUGUGAGAACAAAACUCUCCAACAGAUGCUCAGGUACCUGGUAGGCUAAGAGAUAAACAGAGGAUAGUCACAAUUACAUUUUUUAAAAUUAAAUUGUAUAAGUAUUUCAACUGAAAUAUUUUCACAGGUAUUGUCUUUUUGCCUUUGU